CUAAAGCUGGGCCGGUCGGCGCGGGUGGGAGGAGGCUGGGCGUGCUGGCCUCCGUUCGCGCUGCCUGGGAAGGCCGGGUCGGCGGGUCCGCCGCGCCUUUUUCCAGCGCUCCUGUCGUGGAGCCUCGUUCCGCGCCCGGACAUGGUGGGCGGGCGCCGCGGCACGCUGCUCGCGGCGCUCCUGGCUGCCUGGGUCGCGGCGGCGGCGGCAGAGGCAGAGGCCGGCUCGGAGCAGGCCGCGGUACCGGAGGAACGGAGCCUGGUACGGCCCAUGACCGCCUCCAACUGGACGCUGGUGUUGGAGGGCGAGUGGAUGCUUAAAUUUUAUGCCCCUUGGUGUCCAUCCUGUCAGCAGACUGAUUCAGAAUGGGAGACGUUUGCAAAGAAUGGUGAAAUACUUCAGAUCAGUGUGGGGAAAGUAGAUGUCAUUCAAGAACCAGGUUUGAGUGGCCGCUUCUUUGUUACCACCCUCCCAGCAUUUUUUCAUGCAAAGGAUGGGAUAUUCCGCCGUUACCGUGGCCCAGGAAUCUAUGAAGACCUGCAGAACUAUAUCUUGGAAAAGAAGUGGCAAUCAGUUGAGCCUCUGACUGGCUGGAAAUCUCCGGCUUCUCUAACGAUGUCUGGAAUGGCUGGUCUUUUUAGCAUCUCCGGCAAGAUAUGGCAUCUUCACAACUAUUUCACGGUGACCCUUGGAGUUCCUGCUUGGUGUUCUUAUGUCUUUUUCAUCAUAGCCACCUUGAUUUUUGGCCUUUUCAUGGGUCUGGUCUUGGUAGUAAUAUCAGAAUGUUUCUCUAUGCCACUUCCAAGGCAUUUAUCUGAACGUUCUGAGCAGAGUCUCCAGUCAGAAGAGGCCCACACGGCUGAGCAGUUACAGGAUGUAGAGGAGGAAAAGGAUGAUUCAAAUGAAGAAGAAAACAAAGACAGCCUUGUAGAUGACGAAGAAGAGAAGGAAGACCUCGGUGAGGAGGACGAAGCAGAGGAGGACGAGGAGGACAGCGCGGUCACCGGCAGGGACGAGGAGAGGAGUGAUGCCCUGGACCAGAGGCCCCCAGGGGAGGCCCCGGAGGACGAGGCACCUGGUGGUGAGACUGGAGACAACACCCCCGAGCAGCCCAGUCUGGCUGGUGCAGAGGUGGCGGCGGAAGACACGCUGAGGCAGCGCAAGAGUCAGCAUCCCGACAAGGGAGACAAGGGAGACGAGGGAGACGAGGGGCCAUCGGCCUGAUGACGGUGUUUCCCGGAGCACAGAACACAGGAGUGCCAGCUUCGCUCUGCUCUGCAGUUCAAACCAAAUCCUUACUUUUCCCUGAAUGCUCAAGCCUCUCCUUAAAAAACCAUCUCUAGCUGCAUAGUCUCAUGGCGUUAAGCUUCAUGUGUGUUAAGGAGACUCUUCCAGGCUUGACAGUCAGGAUACAGAAAAGCAAACAUAGUGUUAGGGUCGUUUGGGACCUGGGAUGGGCACAGGUUCAUUGACUUGGGGCUGUGGGGCUUUGACCAGAGGAAGCAAUCCCCUGUGCAUGGACAGCAGACAUGGCUGCAGGCCCCUACAAUGAAAGCAGGGGAACCUGAGCAUCCUGUGUGGAGCCGCGGUCUUGCUUUCUCUUCGUGUACUGAGCAUUUAUGUUUGUCAGACUCUAAGAACAUCAGGCCCCAUAGUACAGGGGCACUUUUAGAGCUAAAAAUUGAGAGGGCCUUGGAUAUUAUUGUAGAAAAGACCCUGGAAGUCUUCAGCUCUCUAAAUCUCCCUUGUUAUGUUUUAACAUUUCCAACUUUCCCACCAUGGGCCUGUGGCCUCCCCACACUCUUCACAACACUUCCUUAGUGAGAGGACUCGGCCAGCAGUCAGCCUGACACCAGCUGCCUUUAUUCUGACUUAAGGGUUUAGAUAAUCAGGAAGCAUAGCCCAUGAAGUCAUGACUGCCAAGUGUCUCAAACGAAAUGUUGUAACCAUUGGAGAUUCAAAAGGAAGUAGAGGUUUUAGAGGAGAGAUUUUUGUUGUUGUUGUUGUUAGCCAAAAUGUAGUCAUUUUUUUUUUCCCAAGAAGUUCCCUUAAGAGUAUUCUUUUUGAAGCCAAAAGUCUCCUAAGUCUUGCCAGUACAAGGUAGUCUUAUGAAGAAAAUUUGAAUGCUGUGUUGUUUCCAUCUCAAGAGGUCCCCUGGUUCUUGAACCACUUUAAUAAUAACUGAAAAACUGUUUCUGGUUUUCCUUCAGUGAUGUGCCUUUGGUGAAAGAAUUAAUGAAAGUGUAUAUCUGGAAAUGAAAGAUUUGGUUUCGUUUCCUUCUUCCUUAAUCUUGUGAAGAAUUUUAUCCCUGUAAAUCUCUCAAUACUCAAUCUGCUAAAAGUACCCAGGGGGCCCAAUGUCUUUAAAAAAAAUCCAUCUGUCUACCUGAUUUGUGUCUUAGAAUAAAUUCAUAAAAUUAGA